CACAUGUAAAUAAAUACAGUUAUAUAUAUAUAUAUAUAUAUAUCAAUAAAGUUAGUAGUAUAUAUAUAUAUAUAAUAUAUCUAUAUAUAUAUAUGUGUGUGUGUGUGUGUAUAGGUAGAUAUAUUUAAAGACUGACUACCUAUAUAUAUAUUGUAUGGUAUGCCGUUCUUUCACGUGCAACCGAUGUUACAAUCAACCUCGCUGCCGCGAGUAGCUCUAUGCAGUCAAGCGAUGAGAAACUCCUGCGCUUAUGUAUCGGCACGCACAUCGCGAUCACGCCAGAGUACCUCGCUUCUGCCUGUAUUCAGGAAUGUAUGCACGCGUAUCAACCUUCAAUAUGUGAGUGUGAACAGAGGCUCUAAGUCUUCCCUCAGACUUAGAUCUCAGGCUCACACCAUAGGCGAUAGAUCAAAUAGACCAGUAUACUGGCACAUGCAGAGGGACAUACACAAACAUACACAUACGCAUGCACCGACGUUCGUUCGAGCUGAGGGUCAUCUGACUGCUAAUGGGUCGUGCAUAUACACACAGCGACAGGCCAUAACGCAGAGUGCCAAUUUAUUACGAACAGACAGGUAUGCACAACACACACGCUCAGUUGAGAGUUCUAUACGCACGCGCUCAUACAUCGAAGCGCGCACACUAGCGAUUAUUCGUGGGAAGCCUCGGCGUACACGCAUAAGGAAGAGGAAAACCAGUAAGCACCAGAUAGACAAGGAUAGACUAUCACAAGCGCUUGCUGAGACGUACGCACAGUCGUAUGCGAAGGCGAAGAUGCACACCUACGCACAUUCACAAUCUCACGCACGCACAUACAGGCAUGUGGGUGUGCCUGAGGAGAGAGGUAUGCUGAGUGUAUGUGUAGCUGGUCUGAUACGCGCUAACAAGCGGUAUGACGCUGCUGUGAGAUACUCGGCACUGUAUGGGCAACGUGCUCGGUUAUCUACGAGUGUAUAUAGCCAUGCGGCGAAUAACGCGCGUGUGCACAAUUCCCAACCAAUUGCACAAGCACGCGCACACACACAUAGCCCCAUGCAUGAUGCACAUGUACAUGCACACGCGCUUUCGUCGUAUGCAGACGAAUCUGAUCUACAAACACAUGCACAUGCAUACACAAGUGACAAUUCCGUAGAUACAAUACGUGUAGCUGCGGUGGGUACGCAGAGUGGGAGUGAGGGCCAAAAUGGUGCUUGGAAGGACUUUCUCAAAGUAGCUGGUGGUACCAGUGCUAGUGCACCAGCUGAGCAUUCGACGGAGGUGGCACGAAGGCUUGUGCGAAGUCAGAAUGCGAGGAAUAGAGACAGUCUGGUGGAUGUGCAGGAUGCCAUGGCUGACAGGGGUGCUGCGUGUGAAGUUACACGCCAGGAUGCGAGUGCGAGGAGCAUUCAGGAAGCUCAGGCAGAACGUAUGGAAGCUCACACGGAUGAGAUACCUAGUGAAGAUCGUCACAGCCACCAACAGCGUGCACAGAAAGUGGUAGGUAUGAGGUACUCGCUGAGGAAUGAGGAUAAGAGAGUCAUGCGGGAGUGGGACCAGGUGGUGCGCGUGGCUGAGAAUGUUCGGUACUUGGAUCGGCGCGGUGUUCUAAACGCAGAGGAGGGCGAGCGGAUGUGUGUGCAGUUGGCCAAGUUGCUGGAUAUAUCUAACGUGUGCACAGAAGAAGAGGUCACUGCCGUGUCUAUCACCAACACACUACUGAGUGCCUCGAACACGCAGGAGACUGAAAUAUCGCAGGAGACGAUGGCCAGGCUACGUUCCAUUGAUGUGUUCCAGUUACGCACACUCUCGCUGGCGAUGGGCGUGUACAUUGAGCAUCCGUCGAUGAACCCGACCAAAGCGGCACGCAAUAGAGAUCCGGCUGUGCGACGGAAGGUUGAACGCAACAACGUAUACGCUAAACAACGUGUGCUAUGUGCCAGGUUAGUGAGCGCGUUACGAGAAAGGGCGCUGAUGUUGGCCACUUUGAAGCCAGAUGUGUUUGCGCAUGCGGCGAUGGGGCUGUCGAGAGCUGCCUACGCCAAUGAGCGGUACACCGAUGCGCUGGUUAAGCUUGCGUUAGUUUGUGUUGACCAGUGGGAGACCGAGCGGGUAGUUGAUGCACACGAAAGUGGUGGGGGUGUGCAGGGGUCUUCCGUGUCACACGAAAGUGCUCAAAGUGCAUCUAUGUUGUACAGAGGUGAUGAUGGGGUCGAUAUCGGGAAUGCACGAGCGACUGAUUCAAGACUACAUCGUCGCAUAGUAGAUAAGAGGAGAGGAGCAUUGCAAUUUUUUUCUCAAGCGCUGCACAACGAGUAUAAUCAUUUAGUCGACUUGGACGCCGAGGCGGAGGGUCAGUUAGAGAAGGCGAUCAGAAUUAGGAACAAGAAAAUCAGGAUUCGGGAAAGCGGAAUGGCGCAAACUCAGAGAACAAAGACGGGAGGCACGGCUGGAGAAGAAAGUGGUGCAAGUAUACGUGGCGACUCUAUCACACCUACUUCGUGGAAGGAGAGUGACCGCGAUAAGACGAGCGCAGGCAUGGACGCUAACGCUGAGAUAGCGAUUGACGAGCAGAACAUCGCCGCGGCAAGUGAUGCGCUGCAAGGUGUGCGUGCGAGGAGGCUGGGCAUGCUAAGCGCGCAUGCGAAGGUGCUGAAUGUGGUGUUGUCAAACAUCUGGCUCGUAGACGUGGAGCCAACCAGAAUGAGAAGUAAGCGGAAUUUAAACAUACUCGGACGAAUGUCCAAACGGGUGGAUAUAUCGUACUCGCCCGACGAGUUAGAGGCCGAUGCGAGUAAGUAUGCGCGGGCGUUUGACCAGGGUGAGGCUGUGCGGGGGGUGCGGCGUGGGCAAGACGAGAGUGGUCCGCUGAACGAACAAGUGUACGUGGCAAAAAUGGAUGUGCCGAGCCUGACGGCGUUGGCGAAAAUCUGCACCCAGUGCAAAGAGCUGUACACGCACGCGCUGGGAGAGGUGAACUCGUAUGUGGAGGUGGAUGGUCGGCUACCGGGCGGCAACUGGCACGCCCGGGCCUACGAGAUGAACCGUGCGAGUACUCUGAAUGGGAAGGAUGGCGGACCUGUGAAGCGGAAGGAUAGUGUUCAUACGCAUAGCAGUAGUAGUGCGAGUCCGAGUCCCGGGGGAGAAGCUGUGGGGAUGGAGAAGUAUCUGAGUGAGCUGGAGGUGCUCGCCGAGAGGGCAACUAAGGUCGCCAGCGGAGUCGCCGAGAGAAAUCUGGAUCUUAUGAUGAUGAGGAUGUGAUAGUAGCGGCAAUACAGUCAUGCAUCCAUAAACCUGUUUGGAUCCAUGCUCGCACAAUUGAACUAUGGCAACCAGAAAUUCGUUGAUAGCAAUAUGGCUGGUGUUUGCUCAGCUCCAAACAUCAAACGCAAAGAGUGUAUGCGCAGGUGAGGUUAAAAGUAGUAUCUAUAACCGAGCUCAAAUUGUGUAGAACUAUAAACAGUUGACAGAAGUGCAUGUCAGACUUGGUCACUUGUGGCUGCUUUAACGACAUCAAUAUGGGUCAGAAUAUCCUAUUGACUCGUACACUUCAGUACUUGCCGCCAAAAUAAGAACACGCACAACCGAAUUUCUUCAACGUGGCAGCCACACUUAAGAAAUUGAGUAUAGUCGCCCAAUUUAUAUCGAAUAUCAGCUCGGAUUCUACCUUCAAACCUCCAUCCUGGUUCAACGAGCCAAACUAAAAUAAUUAACAAUAGCGAUAUAUCUGACAAGGGUUGCCGUGAUACAGAAUCAUGCUUUAGUUACAAUGUCAUUGUUCAUGAUGAACGAGCCAAAACAGUAUAAUCAACAACAGCGAUCAAUCUGGAAAUUGUUGUCGCCAGACAGAACCAUGCUUUAACACAAAUGUUAGUGUCCUGGAGAAACGAACUAAAGCAAGUAAAUCAAAAACAGCGGCCAUCAAAC